AUGCUGGUUGCGCUAGUGGUUCUAUUUCUUUCUGUGUUUAUGGCCAUGAAGUUUCUCUACAAAAGAAUAUUUGUGGCGAGUAGACUGAAGAUGAUCGAGAAGCCCUCCGAGGAUUGGGAGCCUGCCAGCAGAGAGGCUAUGAUCGAGAGACUCAGGUCGGAGGUGUUUGACCUGGUGGUGGUUGGGGGAGGAAGUACUGGAGCAGGAUGUGCACUUGAUGGGGCAACAAGAGGACUGAAGGUGGCAUUGGUGGAUGCAGGGGACUUUGGGUCAGGAACCAGCUCGAAGUCGACAAAGCUUGUGCACGGGGGAGUAAGAUACCUUGCAAAGGCGGUUAGCAACCUGGACUGGUCUCAAUACAAGUUGGUCUGGCAAGCACUGGGGGAGAGAACAACCAUGUUUGAGAUAUCGCCGUAUCUUACAAACAGCAUCAAGAUAAUGGUUCCGAUAUACAGCAAGAUACUGAUUCCUUACUACUAUGUUGGGCUGAAGCUCUAUGAUUGGAUUUCGGGAUUCAAGUCUUUGGGCAAAAGCUAUUUCAUCGAUAGAAAGGAGGCGGUGGAUGCAUUUCCACACAUCAACAAGAAGAAUCUCUGUGGGGCAAUGGUCUAUUUUGACGGGCAGCAAGACGAUGCAAGAAACAAUGUGAUGAUAGUGAUGACUGCAGUCUGCCAUGGAGCAGUGGCGGCAAACCACGUGUCUGCAAGGUCUCUGAUGAUUGAGGGCGGAAAGAUUGUCGGAGUGCGGUGCAGAGACGAGAUCACGGGAUCGGAGAUUGAGAUCAGGGGUACUGGUGUUAUAAACAGCACGGGCAACCUUGCAGAUGACUUGAGGAGGAUGGACGAUGCAGAUGCAAGAGAAAUCAUAGUCCAGAGCUCGGGAACGCACAUUGUCAUUCCAAAGGAAUAUGCGCCCAAGGAAAUGGGGUUUUUGGAUCCACUUACAAGCGACAACAGAAUAGCCUUCUUCAUGCCAUGGAUGGGCAAGACGAUUGUGGGAUCCACGGACAUCAAGACGAAGACAGAGCUCUCUCCUUCUCCAACAGAAGAGGACCUGGAGUUUCUGAUCCACGAGGUCCAGGCCUACACCUCGAUGCAUCCGAAGCUAACAAGGGAUGAGGUUUCUGCCGUCUGGACAGGAAUAAGGCCUCUUGUCAAGGACCCAGAUGUUUCCGACACAGGCUCGAUUGUCAGAAAGCACUUUGUGAGGAUUGAGAAGAACGGGCUGCUGACCGUCACUGGAGGAAAGUGGACGAUAUACAGAAAGAUGGCUGAGGAUGCAAUAGACCUUGCGAUCAGUGCAUUUUCCCUGAAGCCUUCGGGACCGUGUGUGACGAAGUAUGUCCGAAUACUUGGGGGCGAUGGGUACACCAAGAAUACGUGGGCCUCGAUCCAGAAGGAGCUGGGGGUUCCAAAGAACGUGGCUGAAAGGCUUGCAAGGUCCUAUGGCACCAGGGCUCUGAGGCUUUCGAGCUACAUCAAGAAGAACAGGAAGAAGGUUUUGUCUGUAAAGUAUUCCUAUCUUAUAGAGGAGGUGGAGUACUGCAUAGACAAUGAGAUGGCCGUCAAAGUAUGCGAUGUGCUUUGCAACAGACUGAUGAUCGGCCUGAUGGAUGUGAAGGAGGCCUACCAAUGUAUUGAUAAGGUUCUCGGGGUCUUCAAGAAGAAGCACGGAUGGGAUGCAGACAGGUGCAAUCGUGAGGAGGCGGACGCUAUAAGAAUGCUCGAUAAGUAUGGCCUUCAGAUCCUAAGAGGAUGUGGCCAGGAUGCCUCUUCUUUGCAGAUGGAAUGCCCUGAGGAAAAGAGGCACAGGGGCGAGCGUAGACUUCCUCCACAGGAAAAAUAA